AUGUCGGAGACGGGGACCCGCCGAGGUUCGGAGACGGGGCAGUCGGGUUUCGCGCCGAGACACGGAAAGGGGGUCGAGCCUGUGCCUACGACGGCGACGACGACAGCAACAGCGACAGCACCGGUGCCGGCGCCGGGGCCGGGGAAUGAUGGAAAGGAGGCGAGUCCCGGGCAGGCAGCGGUCGGUGCGUCCAAGGGGGCGACCGAUGACGGCGUAAAUCCCAAGACGGCGGCAGCUUCGGCGGAGAAUAACGCAGCCAACGCUACGGGCGCCGCCUCUGGUGACCAACAACAACAGCAACAGCAACAGCCCGAAGAGGCGGAGGAAGCAAAAGCCGCAAAGCAAGAAGCCCGCGACCAAGCGAAAAAGAGCGGCCCUCUCGAAGCGAUCCUACACAUGGGACCUCCCGAAGAAGUCGCCAAACAACACCCGCACAUGGCCCCGCCCCCCUACGUGCACCAUUUCGACAGUUACUCGCUCGUCAAGGACCUCGAGGGCGGCGGGUAUAGCAAAGACCAGGCCAUCACGUUGAUGAAGGCGAUCCGCGCGAUCCUGGCCCAAAAUUUAGAUGUGGCGCAGGAGAGUCUGGUCAGCAAGAGCGACGUCGAGAACGAGACGUAUCUGUUCCGGGCGGCGUGUUCGGAGCUGAGCACGGAGGUCAAGAAUAACCAGAAGCUGGCGGACGAGGAGAUGCGGCAGAAGAGGACGCUGCUGCAGCACGAGGUUGAUAUUCUGACGCAGAGUUUGAAUCAGGAGCUGUUGACGCUGAAUGAUAAUGUGCGGGGUAUGUUUAAUGAUCGCAAGAUGGCGGUUAGGGAGGAGCAGAAGGCUGGUGAUAGUGUGAUCCAACAAAUCAACUACAAAAUCAGCCUCCACCUAAGCAGCGACGCCAAAUCUGAAAUCGAGGGCCUGCGGUGGAUCUUGAUCCGGCGGUCGGUGAUUGGGAUCUUGUUCAUGGCGGUCUUGACGCUGGGCACGCUGCGGUACGGGACGUAUGUGAGCCAUUCGAAGCAGGCCGAGGCGGAGAGGAUGAAGAAGCAGGCCGAGAUGAUUAAGAUGGCGGAUGGGAAGAGGGAUCAUAGCUCUGCGCCUGAUGCGGCGGAGAUUUUGGCGGCGAACUGA